GUGGAGUGCAUGUGAGGUUCAAACAUGUGCACGUGUUUGUAUGUUUGAGUAUAUCUGUGCACAUUUUCAACAUUUAAAGCAAAAGAGUGAUGUGAUGCAACAACAAAUGCAUUAACUGAUUCUUUCAAGCCAAUUUGCAAGGCUACCUUUGAUGCAUUUGUGUUCCUACGUGUUAAUCUGAUGCUGAAUUGAGAUGAGGGGGAGCGGCUAUCAAUUAUUACAGCAAUUACACAGACGUUUGCAGGAUGCAGCAGGAAUUCAGGAGUGAGAGAGAGAGAGAUGGAGGAAAAGUAAAAGAGAGAGAGAUGCCUCUUAUAAAGCCAAGUCCGGUCUCUUUGGAAGGAAUUUGUGGGCAGUGAGACCGGGCUUUGGGUCAGAAACAGGAGCCCCAUCAGCCAAUGACUGUCUCCAUAAUUCUCCUCAAUGGUGCACGGGUGCCAGGCUGCUGAAGUUUUACAGUCCGUGUCGUGUGAGCAUGCGUACGACAACAAAGCAGACAUGUGGACGACAGGCUGAGGCUCCGGGCUCCUGCCUCCUCUCUGAACAGGUCAAUUAGAUUUCAAUCCCAGCAGAAAAGAUGACAUCUGCUACACCCCCUUCCUCCCGUAGCUCCUCCCCCCAGAAGGUGUGCCACUCACAGACACAGACAGACGUUUUAAAACCCUUGCUCGGAGGUGGUAUAUCUGGUGGGGGCGGGACUCUGAGGAAGAGGAGGCGUGUCUUGUCCAAAGAUGGGCGCAGCAACAUUCGAAUCGAGCACGUCAGUGGGCGGAGUGCUCUGUACAUGCGAGACCUCUGGACGACGUUUCUGGACAUGCAGUGGCGCUAUAAGUUCUUCCUGUUCACCGCCACCUUUGCAGGAACAUGGUUUCUCUUUGGCGUGCUGUGGUAUCUGGUCGCGCUGGUUCACGGUGACUUGCUUGAGUUCGACCCUCCCUCAAACCACACGCCAUGUGUGAUGCAGAUGCAGUCCCUGACGGGGGCGUUCCUCUUCUCUCUGGAGUCUCAGACAACCAUCGGUUAUGGCUUCCGCUGCAUCACUGAGGAAUGUCCGGCAGCCAUCAUCCUCCUCAUUGUCCAGCUUGUCCUCACCAUGCUGAUGGAAAUCUUCAUCACUGGUACCUUCUUGGCCAAGGUGGCGCGGCCAAAGAAGCGAGGUGAGACUGUGAAGUUCAGCCAACAUGCUGUUGUAUCGACUAAUGAGGGCCGACCCUGCCUGAUGAUCAGGGUGGCCAACAUGCGCAAGAGUCUCCUGAUUGGAUGUCAGGUGACGGGGAAAUUGCUCCAGACGUCUCUGACCAAGGAGGGCGAGACAGUUCGUCUGGACCAGAGGAAUGUGCCCUUCCAAGUGGACACAUCCAGCGACAGCCCCUUCCUUAUCCUGCCCCUCACCUUCUACCACCUUAUCGAUGACAGCAGCCCCCUGCGAGCCUGGGCAGACAAAGGUGGGGGCUGGUCAGAUCCAGAGUUGGCAGACUUUGAGCUGCUGGUGAUCAUGAGUGCCACAGUUGAGCCGACCUCCGCCACCUGCCAGGUCCGCACCUCCUACCUGCCCGAUGAGAUCCUCUGGGGUUAUGAGUUUCCCCCUGUCGUCUCUCUUUCCCCAUCUGGCAAAUACGUAGCGGACUUCGCCUUCUUCGACAAAGUGGCCAAGACCAAGACCACGCCCAUCUUCAAGACCCCCAGCCCCCAGCAUGUGUACCAGAGCAACGGGGGUGGGCUUGUGUCAGAGUUGUGCGAUCCAGAGAAGAUUCGCCUGGAGCAGAGUUACAGGGAGAGAGGCGAGGACCGAGGCAGAGCCAGAGACACCCCUCUCAGUGUUCGCAUCAGUAACGUCUGAUCAAAGAGGGGCGGGUUAAGUUUGAGCAUUUCAUUCAGAGCAAUGAGCAGGAAACAGCCAAGCUUUUAGUCAACUGCAAAUCAAUGAGAGACUGUUUAUUCAGACUGUUUGGAACUUUAACAGGAAGAUAUUCAGGUCUAGGGAGCAUCAAGUGAUGCUGUUAGCAAGUCGGAGGGCUCUGGACGACUUCAUGUUCCUUUAGUCGUACGUUUGCUGGGAAAAUAUGUUUUACUCAAAUAUAAAUGUAAUCAUAUGACGGCAUAACACACUGUCUUACUUUAGCUAAUGAAUGUAUUUUCUGAUCGUACACUGUAGACUCUUUUAUAACUAAAAUAAUAACAGGUUGAUUUAUUUAUUCACACAGAGAAAAACACCAUGAUGGGUAAAUAGAAAACAAAACUACAAGUGGAGAGUACAGAAAACUCCGUGGGGUGGUUUGGUCUCCCCCUGAAAAAAGGUUUCAUACAGGUUGUGAGUCCGUAUGAGUAGUUUCCUCCGUCAUGAAUGGAUGAUUCCAGCGUUUGGUAAGAUUUCUGAUGAGGGGGAAACUUCCAGAAACCUUUGGUAUCCUCUGCAAUGAUCAUGUGUUGAAAACUCUCCAAAUGCCUAAGUGACACACGUUUACAAGACUUAGGGUCAAACUAAGCCGGUCCAUGUAGCACACUCUCAUGAUACUUUCAUUUCCUGUAGAGUGCUGUGAGGUUCAGCCUUACAAAAAUGGAGUCAGCAAACGGAAACCUCAGCUGAACCAGCUCUGUAUUGCCUCAUACGAACGUGAAGAUGGUAUCUUGGUUUCUCUUUCUGUAUAACUGCUGCUUCAAACAGAGAGUUGGCACUUUAUGUGAGUACAGUCUGUACAUUUGCACCUUAGGAAGUGUAGCUGCCUUUACUUAAAACCUUAACAGAGAUGUGUUUUGUACUACUGCAAGCACUUAAACACUGUUUACCAUUGAGGGAAUUAAAAUAGACUUUUUCUACAAAGAUAAAAGUAGUUUAUCUGUCUCACUGGCAAGCACAAUUAGGCAGGGCAUACACUGUGGUGGUGGAAAGUGAACUCAUAUUGUAUGAGUGAGUCGUUCACAAUGCACAACUGAAGGUGACGGUUUAUGUGCUCACACGGUACGGUCCGACUGUCGAGCUCGACCUGACUGUUGGCAUGUUUCAAAUCGGGAGAGAGCUCAAACAAUAAAGUUGCCUUUGAAAACUCCCUCAGACAGCAGUUCAAGUCUAAAGGACAAAUUCCACCAGAUCCAUGUCUGGUCAGUCUCCGAUCCGUCAUGGCACCGGAUCUGAUAGGUUUCUAUUCUAGUCAAUGUGUUAACUCCCACUGGAUCCACUCUGCUGCGUCUCUGAUCCGGCAGCUCGGAACGCAACAGAUCAGAUAUGCAAGACUUCUAUUUUUGCUGGAUGCGGGAGCACGACACAUCAAUCUCAACAGAGCAGAUGGAGCGCGACAGGAAGUCAGCCACCAAAACAAAAUGAAAACAUCCGGUUCAUUUUCAGAAUAAAACACUCUGUGUUAUCGUUAGAUCAUUUUUGACUUAACUAUGACAACAAAAUGUCAUUUUGAGCGGAGGCAGGCCUGGAAUCAACAGGUCAGAGGUUUUCAGAGGACCAUAAAGACAACAUGGAUGAGGAGAGGAGGAGGGGGAGGAGGCGAAUGCUUGAUUCAGUGAUUGCUGCGAGAAAACCUCGGUAACAUGACCAAAGCGCCAUAAAGCACAAUCUUCUUCUUCGUUAUCUGACGACCGCAGCAGAAAAAGUAGAAGCUUAUACUAGACUGUGUUAAAUUGCACAGGAAGACAUAAUAUUAUGGCUGAUUGGUGUACAGUAUAUGUAUAUUUCAGUUGUCCACAUCUUGCUUUGUGCUCUGCAGGCCUAAUCAGGAAAAAAAAAGCCUUGAAGCUGGGGAAUCAUCUCAUGGCGCUGCUCUCAUGGCGCUGCUCUCAUGGCGCGAGAGGAUGCAGUUGGCCGACUAAAAUUGCAUGCCAAAAUUUCAUCCGACUGAUCAGGAGCAGCAGAUCGUGCCGUGGUCGUCUCCUGUGUUCCCCCUGUACACUGCACUGCAAAUCGCGGAGGCAGCAGUCCAAGCAGAUCGACCCAGACAUCCCUCUCCCCAGCAACACUUUCCAGUUCCACCUGGGGAAUCCCAAGGUGAUCCCAGACCAGGUGUAAUAUAUAAUCCCUCCAAAAAGUUCUGGGUUUAUCAUGGGCCUUAUCCCAGUUUUACGUGGGAGGUGUCCUUUUCAAAUGCCUGAACCAUCUCAGCUGACUCCUUUCGAUGCGAAGGAGCAGCAGCUCUACUCCGAGCCCCGUACGAAUGUCCGGGCUCCUGACCCUCUCUCUAAGGUGGCCCAGCCACCCUUAGGAAGAAGCUUGUUUCAACCGCUCGUAUCUGUGACUUCAUUCUUUCAGUCAGGACCCACAGUUCAUGACCAUAUUUGAGGGUUGGAACAUAGACCGACUGGUAAAUUGAAAGCUUUGAUCAAUCUUGCGACUCAAUAACUGCGCCUGAGUAAGCCUGGAUUCUCACAGUGUAUGCCCAGCCUUCUAAAGGUUAAUGUUUUUAAUGACUUCACAAACAGCUGCUGUAAAUAACAUGGGUUUUAAUGCCAGUCUGGAUGUUAUAGUUUUCAAAUAUCACAUUAAACAUUCUGUUUUUGUACUAAUGUCACAUUUUGUCGAAGCCCUUUAAAUGUUUUUAGACGACGAAGAAAGAAGGAGGACUUGUAAGAUGACCACUCAAGUUUCACUCGAGUGACGACUUAUGAAAAUGUGAAAGAGAUGUUGUAAGUUACUGAAAAUGAUUCUAUUUGAAAGAAAGAUGGUCAGACCUGACGGGUGAAGAAAAACGAGAGUGAUGGAUGCAAAUAUGUGCGAGAUUGCAAGUAUUUUUCCCCACUUCCUUCAGGUAACAUCAAGAUCUCCUCGUAAAUAUAAAAAGUGUUUAUAAUGAAGAAAAAAAUAUGAAAUGUGGAUGACCUGUGUCUAAAAUCUGAUUAAAUAAAGCUGAUUUUGAGUUA